AUGGUUGUGAGAAACCACAGUACCAUAACAGAAUUCAUUCUCCUUGGACUCUCUUCUAACCCUCAUAUACAAGUUAUAUUCUUUGUGCUGUUCCUAGGGAUUUACCUUCUCACAUUGUGGGGGAAUGUUAUGAUGAUAAUGGUGAUUAGAAUAGAUUGCCAUCUCCACACACCCAUGUACUUCUUCCUCAGUCAUCUUUCUUUCCUGGAUAUUUGUUUAACUACAGCCAUAGUACCCAAGAUGCUGGAGAAUCUCCUGUCGAAGACAAAAUCUGUGUCACUAGAAGACUGUCUUGCUCAGUCAUUUUUUGUGUUUUCUGCUGUAGGAAUUGAAGCCUUUGUGCUCUCUGCCAUGGCCUAUGACCGUUAUGCUGCUAUAUGUUGCCCAUUGCUUUACAGCCAGGUGAUGAGCAAACAGUUGUGCGGAAGUCUGACCUGGGGCUCAUGGGGACUAGGCUUUCUGGAUGCAUUCAUUAACAUCCUUAUGGCUUCUAAAUUGGAAUUCUGUGAGGCUCAUAUCCUGCCUCACUUCAGCUGUGAGCUGCCUUCUCUAUUUUCUUCAUGCUCUGAUAUUUCUAGCAACAUUGCUGUCCUAAUAUGUUCUGCCAUUGUUCAUGCCUCUGGGACCUUAUUCCUGAUCUUCUUCUCUUAUGCCCACAUCAUCUCUACCAUUCUGAGCAUCACGUCUGCCACUGGGAGAAGUAAGGCCUUCUCCACCUGCUCCUCUCACCUCAUUGCAGUGAGCUUCUUCUAUGGAUCUGCUCUGCUUCGAUAUUUCAUGCCAGCCUUAAAUUCUCAACUAGAAUUAUUUUUUGCCCUACAGUACAGUGUGAUCACUCCGCUAGUAAAUCCUCUUAUCUACAGCCUGAAGAACAAAGAAGUAAAAGAAGCUCUCAAAAGAAUUUUUCAAAAAAGAUUUACAUUAUCUCCAAUAGUAGAUAACAGGUAG